AUGUCAUUUGGGUUCGAAGAACUGUCGAUAGCACAAGACGACACGACAGAUGAAGCAAAGCAAACCUUAAAUUGGAACGAGAUUAAGACGUAAGUUUUAGUAAUUUAGGGUGUGUAGACUUUAUUUUACUUAUUCAGUUACUUUGAUUCCUUUAUUGCCUAAACUUGAUUAAAAUUAAGUUUAUGUUGAAUAUUAUUGCAGGAAGUACGAUGACUUCCACACGAUUGAUUGGCCGCGAGAUUUGGCUAGAGAUAGGAUGAGGCACAAGUUUAUAAAGGGAGUACGACAGGACUCUCCGCUUGGUAUGUUCUAUGGUAUAUGGGAUGCUGGAUCAGGGUGGAUUUGUGUUCUGUUAGUUGGAUUGGCAGCCGGAACUGUGGCUGGGAUUAUAGACAUAAGUGCACGGUGGAUGAGUGAUCUUAAGGUUUGUGGUUUUUUUUUUGUAUUUUUAUGAUUUUAGAGUGGAAUAUGCGCUGAUAGAUUCUGGCUGGACAGAGAACAUUGUUGUUGGUCAGCUAACGACAGUGCUUAUAAGGACAAUGAUUGUAGUGCGUGGACUACAUGGCCUGAAAUGCUACAUUAUUAUGACAAAAACUUCUUUUACUACUCGCUGGAGUUUUUGUUUUAUGUUUCUUGGGGCGGUGAGUUUGUUACCUAAAUUUUUAUUUUUAAUCUUUUAGCUUAACAUUUGUUAGUAGUUGCGUUAGGUCUUAUUGUUAAACUUACGAUAUCGUGGAUUUUGACGUGUUUAAGUCGUUAAUUUGCUUUUUUAGUGCUAAUGGCUGGAACAGCAGCGUGUUUGGUACGGACGUUUGCCCCAUAUGCUUGUGGUUCUGGUAUUCCAGAGAUAAAGUGUAUUUUGUCAGGAUUUGUGAUACGAGGAUAUCUUGGGAAAUGGACUUUUAUUAUCAAGUCUGUGGGCCUUAUACUGUCAUCAGCCUCGGGUAAGUGAUGUCAUGUUCUUAACGUAUUAUUGUUAGUCGUCAUGACUUUUGUAAGAAAGUAAGUGAAAGUGUACGUAGUAUUUGUAGUUUAAGCUUUUAUGUUUUUUUUGUUUUAGGUUUGAAUUUGGGAAAGGAAGGACCAAUGGUGCAUCUGGGAUGUUGUAUUGGUAAUAUAUUGUCCUACUUGUUCCCCAAAUAUGGUCAUAACGAGGCCAAGAAGCGAGAGAUAUUGUCAGCAUCAGCAGCUGCAGGUGUGUCCGUAGCUUUUGGAGCUCCAAUCGGGGGUGUUAUGUUCAGGUAACUUUUUUGUUUUACUUAUCAUAUUUAGGUAUACUUUCUGUAAUUCGUUUGAAAUUGGCACUUUACGAAUUGUUUGGUAUUGAGCAUGCAUUGUAUAUUAUUGUUGGUUGUAAUCUUUACCGUAAUUUUAGUUUGGAAGAGGCCAGUUAUUAUUUUCCUUUGAAAACAAUGUGGAGGUCCUUCUUUUGUGCUUUGGUUGCUGGUGUCAUAUUGAGGAUGGUGAAUCCAUUUGGUUCUGAUCAGGUAAAAAUUUUGAAAAUUAAUAAUUUAAAUGAAAUAAGUAUUUGUUUGUUAUAUAUUAUUGUACAAAAUAAUGUAAAUACUUUACAGACAUCGUUGUUCCACGUCGAUUACAAUAUGAAAUGGUCUUUCUUUGAAUUGGUACCGUUUGCUGUGCUUGGAAUCUUUGGUGGUAUGAUAGGGUCGUUCUUUAUUUGGUAUGUUUAGCAUAACAAUCAUGUGGUAGAAUUGUAUAAUAUUUUAUUAAGAUAAUAAUGUGAAAAUUGAAAGUGAAUGUUAAUUUCAUGACCAAGAAUUAUUUAUUUGGCAUUAUUUAUUUAUAGGGCCAACGUGAAAUGGUGUCUCUUCCGAAAGUCUAACAAGUUUUUGGGUCAAAACCCUAUCCGUGAAGUUUUGAUUGUUGCUGCGAUUACUGGUGCUAUACAGUACAUGAAUCCGUACACAAGGAAGAGCUCAAGUGCCCUUAUCAAACAAUUGUUUGAUCGAUGUGGACCCGAAGAUUACAUGGAAGACUUGUGCGACUACAGAAACAAAACUUUUACUGCUGACAAGAUAGACGACAAUUACCAUACUGGACAGAUGGGUUUUGGAGUACAGGUACGGAGGUUUUUCUAUUUUAUUUUUGCUUCUACUAGGCUUAUUGUGGAAAAAACUGUAAAAAUUUAAAAUUUUUAAUGAUAGUGCUCACAGACUUAAGUAAUGUUUUAGACAGCAUUUUGGCAGCUGAUCAUGGCCCUCUUCAUGAAGUUGUUCUUGACCAUAGUGACCUUCGGAACCAAGAUCCCUUCAGGUCUUUUCGUCCCAAGUUUGGCUAUGGGGUCAAUUGCCGGUCGAUUACUCGGAAUCCAAGUAGAGUCCUUCGUCAGCACUCUUCAGAGCUCGGGAAGUUCGAGUUGGAACUGUCAAAUCGGAAAAGACUGUGUCAUGCCGGGAUUGUAUGCUAUGGUUGGUGCUGCCGCAGUAUUGGGUGGCGUGACUCGUAUGACCGUCAGUUUGGUGGUGAUUAUGUUCGAGUUGACUGGCAGUUUGGAGUUCAUCGUACCUACAAUGGCUGGUGUAAUGUUCGCUAAAUGGGUUGGAGAUGCGAUUUGCAAAGAGGUUAGUUGUCUUACAAAUUACUGUUUUUAAAGGUAGUAUGUGUUUGAUUAUGAUUAUUAUAUAGCGAAACAUCAUGUGAUUUCUCAACCGUAUGUUAUAUUUCAGGGUAUCUAUGACGCUCACAUAGAAAUGAACGGUUAUCCUUUCUUGGACAACAAAGGAGAGUAUCCCUACUCUACUACGGCAUUCGAAGUCAUGAGAGCUGGCACUGAUCAAGCGCCGUUGAAAGUGAUUACAAAUGGCAAAAUGACAGUGGGAGAUCUGGAGUCACAACUUCGAGAGUCUUCUUUCAGUGGAUUUCCAGUAGUGGAGAAAGAUGACAUGGUGAUUGGAUUCUGUACCAGAAGAGACCUAGAAAGUGCUCUACGAGCAGCACGGAAGAACCAUACCAAUGUCACCACCCAGUCCAUGGUGUACUUCACUCCACAUUCCGUCGAUGAAGAGGUGCCCGGCUCCAGUGCCGGUCCCAUUUCGUUGAGGUUGAGGAAGGUGAUGGAUAUGGCUCCACUUACCGUAACCGAACAAACUCCGAUGGAAACUGUCAUUGACAUGUUCAGAAAGCUGGGCUUGCGACAAGUUCUAGUGACACGAGAUGGUCGGUUACUUGGUAUCAUAACCAAAAAGGACGUUUUGUCUUUCAUGAGGGAAGGAUCUGAACUUUAA